UUUACACGAAGUACGCAUUGCCAACAACCAACAAUAAGCUACAAUCACAACAAGACAGCCGAUAAAUAUGGUUUAUUUUAGUCCGCGUGGCAUGCAACCGUGUAGUCCAUCGGGCGUUAUUGCAGUGAUGCCGCCAUCGAAGAGUCCCGCUAUGGAAACGGCCGCCGGCCAGCAAGCGAAUGUCCACGCCGUCAGCGAAAGUGGCACGGACAAGCAGCAUACUGUCGAGCAGCACGUCUCAUCGCCUGUAUGCAACACAACAACUGCCAGCACGAAUUUACCCAACACACGCGCUUGUCCGCUCAAGUUUUCCAUUGCGAAAAUCAUGGAACCCGAUCAACGCGCCAGCAACGAGUACGUCAAUGCACAGGAAGACUCCGAGCGUUCGUGCAGUCCCAUUGAGGUUGCUAGCGAUGAGUGUGAGUCAGAGCGUGUAGAAUUGCCAAUGCACGCUACUAGUCAACAAUGCACCAAUUCCGAAAAUUACGACUCCGCCUUCAAGAAGUAUGUGCCCUCCUCCGCCGCUGUGGCUGUCGCCGCCUCCACUGCUACCAAUGUCGCUGCUGUGCAGCAGUUUGUCAAUUCACGUCAUCAGGAACUGAUGUCGCAGUACCCUCUGUUGUACUAUGCGCCCAAUCAGCUAAUGUGUGCUGCAGCCGCAGCGCAAUAUGCAGCGCUUACCGCCGCACAACAACAAACGUUGCUCGCUAAUACCGGCGCUGCCACGCAUUUGAGCAAUUUCACCGCUUCGUUGAGCAGUUUUCAUACGCAGUCGUUACGACGCAAUCUUAACGCUUCGGGCCAUCAUUUGGCCGCUGCCGCGGCAGCAGCAGCUGCGGCUCAAGCACAAGCGCAGCAUGCACACCAUCAGGUGCUGGUAAAUGCACAUCCACAGCUUCAGCAGACGUUGGAAAAGCAGCAGCAUAAGCUGCGUGAAAGCACCGUCGGUAAUGGAGCAUAUCAUGGCAUGAAACGCAAGCAUAGCGCUAGUGCUGCUGCAGCAUCUGCUGCUGUUGUUUCUGCACAAUCAUCCGCGCCGGUCGUUCAUGAGCAUGGCUCCUCGCGUGCCUCCUCACCCGCAUCACGUCAACUACGCUCGCCAUCUCCUAAUUCACUGGACGACAGCCCAAAUUCUACGACAGGCAAGCAAAAGACAUUCUCCUGCUUGGAAUGCGGCAAGGUCUUCAAUGCACACUACAAUCUCACGCGUCACAUGCCAGUGCAUACGGGCGCGCGACCGUUUGUGUGCAAGGUAUGCGGCAAGGGUUUUCGACAGGCAUCGACGCUGUGUCGCCACAAGAUCAUACACACCUCCGAGAAGCCGCACAAAUGUCAAACUUGUGGCAAGGCCUUCAAUCGCUCCUCCACGUUGAACACUCAUACACGGAUACAUGCUGGGUACAAGCCAUUUGUGUGCGAGUACUGUGGCAAGGGUUUCCACCAGAAAGGCAACUAUAAGAACCAUAAGCUGACGCAUAGUGGCGAAAAGGCGUACAAGUGUAGCAUUUGCAACAAAGCUUUUCACCAAAUCUACAAUCUCACCUUUCACAUGCACACACACAAUGAUAAGAAGCCGUACACGUGUAAAGUUUGCGCCAAGGGCUUUUGCCGCAACUUUGAUCUGAAGAAACAUAUGCGCAAGUUGCACGAGCUGGGCGGCAGCGAUUUGCUGGACGAUGAUUCGCCGCCAAGCUAUGAGCGGCGACGCGAGUAUACGCGUCGUGAGUACACACGUCGCGACGGACAUCAUAGCUAUCAUGCACAUCUGCAGCACGGCAGCCAAUUGACGCCUGACUCCUCUGCCGGCAGCUUGUCUCCACCGAUCAAUGUCACAACACCACCGCUUUCUAGUGGAGGCGGCGGCGAUAGUAGCAACUCCGCCUGGCAUGCGCCGCAAUAUCAGACACUAAUCAGUGCGCAGCAAACGUCGGCCGUUAGUGCUGCAGCCCCCUCCGCCUACGCGCCGCACCAUUUGCUACCGCAAGUGGGCAGUAGUUUUCGCACGUCCGCUGGUUACUCCGCCAGCUCUGCUUUCAUUCAACUCGCCAACGCAGCUUCGACCAGCGCAUCGGCUGCAUUAUCCGCCAGCCCGACCAGUGCCACACAAAUAUUAUCCGCUCAUCAUCAGCACCACCAACAGCAGCAGGCGCAGCACAACCACCAUCAUCAUCACAGCCAAAACCAUCAGCGACUCUCCGCAGCUGCAGCCGUCUCCGCCAUGGAUCAGGUACCCUUCAUUGCAAAAGUAUUCUGACAGCGCUACUAUGCGGAUAGUUUGGCCACAACCCCAACGCAUCAUGCCAGUACAUUAACUGCUUCCUCGAAGAGCAUACUCAUCGAUUGACUGCAGUUUGUAGCGGCCGCUGCAGCAGCUACAGCAACAGCAACAGGGACAGCGAAUUCGAGUUUUACUGUUACCGCGGCAUCAUCGCCGACUGCUGCAGCGGAUGAUGAGCUCUUUAUUGACGCUGUAGACGAUGUAGAGCAGCUGGAUUUGGCUCAGCCGUGUCGCGAGCAGUUUGAGGAUCCUCGUACCGCGUUGGGAAGUGCCGUUGAGGUGUUAAAUGGGCUGCUUUGAGGCGUUGACUUUGCUGCGUGCCUGUAAAUCGGUGGUUUCAACAAAAAGGUUUCAUGGUAAGGGAAACAGUCCCUUAUUCGCCAACAAAUGAUCUCCGUUAUGGCAAAAGUGUGCAAUAUUGCGUUUAAGCGAAACAUGAAACGAAAUGAAGUAUUUGAAAUAUUGUAUUUAAAUUUCAGGCGGACAUUUUCAUAAAUUUAGCUGCAUUAAUAAUUUCUUUUUUUCGCAAAAAAUUGUCGUAAUUAAAAAGGAAUUGCUUCAAUCGGAAUAAUGGAAUUGUGCAGAGGGUAACGAGACAAAAUUGCAUUACUCACACAUUUAAAAAAAGUGUGUUAAUGUAUGCGUGUAAAUAAUGAGCAACUUAAGUGUGAAACAAAGUCCAAAUGUCUGCUGUAAAUACAAUUAAUGUGGAGCAGUAAAUGUCUUCUUAAAGCAAUAAGGAAUAGACAGUUGUUUCUAUGUAUGCAUGCGUGCUAUAUACAUAUACCAAAAUGAUGAAUGUAUAAGUAUAUGCUAGGUACGAUUACUUAAAUGUGAAAUUCCACUAAAUCACCACAUACCUACAUACACCACUACAUACCUUUUACGCCCACGUGCAGUUCAACUUUAAAUGUAGUAGUUUUAGUAAAAUUGUAAUAUAGUUUUAGAUAUGAAUAAUUGUGAGAUUUACCUAUUAUAAAAAAUAAAU